ACUAACACAUGCUUAUAUAAACAUGGUCGAUCGGCUAAAGUUGCUGCCAGUCUCAGCCAAGGACUUGGAGAUCACUGUUGUUUCACGCUACAGAAUAUCAGUGGGUCAUCUGCUGCUCAUUGGUUGCUCAUUCACGAAUGCCUUAACAAUUUUUACCAUUCUGAAGACCGUUGUAGUGGACUAUGAGAGAUCAACGUUUACGCAUUGCAAUGUUCUGCACAUAGUGCCAUCCAUGUCGGCGGUGAUUCAUGCCAACCAAUCCUGCUGGAAGCUAUUGACUUGGUCGCAUCUACCAGUGCGUCUACUGAUCGCCUGGCUAUAUUGGCGCUAUCAGCGACGCAUACUGCCCCGACGAACAGGCCUGCUGAUCUACCUCUUUAUAAUGUUCUUCAUACUGAACAAUAUUAGCAGCAUUGCCAUUGCAGAGUUUGGCGAUGUAACGGGCGUCAAUAUGAUUCAUGUGGUGCCAGCGCUUAGCAGUUGGGUAACUAGCUGUGGCUUCAUGGCCAUCUCAUUUUACUGCUUUACUGGCUUCGUACAUAAGGAGCCACGCGAGCGUCUUUCAUAUGUGCUCAAACGCAAACUGUUGCUGUCUUGCCUAUCCGCCAGUGUCGUCUUAUGGCCAUUAUAUUUCUUGCACACGGAAUUGUGUGUGCCUUUGGCGUACUCCUUUUUCGCGAUUUGUGAACACAUUCUGACUUUGUGUACUAUGGGCUAUGUGUGGACAUCGUAUCUCGACUUCCAUAAAGUUUAUAUAUUCUAUAGCAUGCAACAUGGAAUCUAUAUAACAGAUAUCUGAUAUGAA